GAAGGUAAAAACUAUUGCUUUCCAGGUUUGCACAGCUCAACCCAAUAAGAAAGAUUCUUGGCCCAGUUAAAGCGAUGGACCGAACUAGGGGCGCGUCAUGGCCUCCCGAGUCUAGCUCGCGUCCCUGGCUGGAUUCGGACGAGCACAUCCCUUAAAGCUUGACCCCGCCUUCCUUAAUCGCCACCUCGCCUCGACCGAGCCGCAGUUCAGCUUCACGCAGAAGCAAAAGCAAUUCACUUGAGCGUACGUGCCUCUUCUUGUUAGUCCACCCGACUCAACCGGGCACCAUGCCGGGCAAGAGAGGCGCCAGGACCUUCCUCGACCACCUUCCAGAGGACAUCAUCGACAGAAUACUCAUCCGGUUGCCGCCCCGGGACGUCGGCCGCUGCCGCGUCGUCUGUGCGCUGUGGCGCAGUGUCACCUCCACGCCUGAAUUCAUGCUCGAACACCGCCGCCGCCAGCCAUCGCUCCCCAUCGUCGACGGGGCCGGACGAUCUGCCAGUCUCGUUGUCGUCCGUGACGCCGGCGCGAGGACCACCAGUCAGCAGCUCUGGCCUUUCCUCGCAGGUUUCGAACACCGUAACGAUGAGGUUUGUCUCCGAUGCACCUGCGAUGGCUUCACCAUCAUCGCCCGUAGAGGUCAGUUCUACAUCUGCAACCCAGUCACCCGCAAGCAAGCUCUCCUACCGCAACCUCCAUCUGGGCUAGGCGUCCGCACCACCGUAAUUGCUUUAUACAUGCACCAUCCAACCGGAGAGUACAGGGUGCUUUGGGUCUCAGGAUCACAAAACUGGACCGAAUCCAGCUUAUACGUCCUUACGGUUGGAUCGGACAAGCCGAGGCACGUCGAAGUCACAAUGCCAACAGUCUUGUCGGCUUCCAUGGAAUGGGUGUUAGUGGAGGCGCUGAUCCGUACUCCACCAAUCCAACACCGGGGCAGUCUGCACUGGUGUCCUGCUGAUGCCAAACAGAUUACAGGAGAUGGUGAAGACAUUAUUGUGUUUGACACACAAGCCGAAUCAUUCCGGUGGAUGCGUAGUCCGAACCUACUAAUUCAACCUGAUGUGUAUCAUAUGGGCAAUUUGCUCAACAUGCAAGAAGCACUAGCUUUCUCGGUCGUCACGUUGAGCACAUUGGAUGUGUGGGUGAUGCAGGAUUACGAGGCCAAUAUUUGGGCCUUCAAGUACCGGAUUGACCUACCGAGAGUGGAGAAAUCACGACAAUUGAAUUUAACCUCUCUGAAACGGAAAAGGAUGACACCACUUGAUACAACAGUGAGAUGGUUCAAUCAAAUUGCUAUGUUCAACGAUCGUGAGCUCUUGAUCCAGUUUAAUAGGAACCGUGUGUUACGCUGCGAUACUGACGGCAACGUCUCAGGAAUGGUGAAGAUUGCAAAGAAACAAUAUUGCAUGGUUCUUACUGGGCAUCGCCUCCAAGAGAGCAUGAUUCCAAUUCCAUGCCAUGAGAUACAACAAGAAGAUGACGAGCCUCCAUUCUCCGCAACAAGGAAAAUGUUCAGGCCGAUUUGAUUUGCCUUUGCAGUAUUACUUAUUGGAUGGCCAUAUAUAGUAGCACAUAUGCUGUCAUGUUUUCUUAUAGCACUGAUUGUUCCCAAACUGCUGAGUAGCACUUUCUUUAUAGCUCCUGAUGUCUCAUCAGCUUUGUGCAAACAUGUUUCUUGUCCCUUAAUUAGCAUAGAUUUGUUUCUAUGAUUGAAAAAAAUCCUUGGCACUUUGGCGCCGUGUGUUGGGACUUGGCAGUACUGCUGGAGCCUAGGACGGCCUUUGUCUCGUGCCGUUGUUUGUGUCCAGUGGUUUGCGUUUGGAGGCAGAAAGAAACUUGUUAAAGAUGUCCAGUCCUGGAGCAAGA